AUGGUGCAAUCUGAACUUGCGCUGUUCGCGUAUGCGUUUCUGGAUUGGCCGUUACGACAUUUGAGCGUGUUUGAGGGGAGACGGGUUGAACUUCCGCCGCGAUUUGGGAGGUCGGGGCGUGGUACUAGAGGUGGAGGAGGGAAUGGGAGUGGCGGGUCAGGAAACACCGCCAGGUCAGGCAACGCCAUGGGGUUAGGCUACAGGGAUACCAAUACCACCAGCGGUCGGAGGAUGGGGAAUCGGACGAAUGGAGCUGAUGUGGUUGAGUAUUCUACCGUGUCGAGUUGGAAGGAGAGUGCGAUUAUGCAGGAGGUUGCUAGGGUUGUGGGGAGUGUUGAGACGUUUAAGGGGUGUAGGAUUCGGGAUGUGUGA